AGCAUUGUGUGUAAAUAUAUAUUGAUAAGCUCUAAGGCACCCCUUUGCCACCAAACAUAAAGUCUCUUGCUUUCUUCCUCCUCCCCUCUUUAUCUUUAUUUUCAUUUGCUGCCUAAUUCAUUUAACAGCCAAUGGCCAAUGUAGUGGAGCUGAAAGUGGGUUUGCACUGUGAGGAAUGCAUCAAGAAAAUCUUGAAGGCCAUCAAGAAGAUAGAGGAUAUUGAAACAUACAACGUGGAUACAAAGCUGAACAAGGUUGUGGUGACGGGUAAUGUCACCAGGGAUGAAGUCAUCAGAGUUCUUCAAAAGAUAGGCAAACAAGCAAGCACUUGGGGCAGUGCUGAUGAUUGAUCAAUUCACCCUGGCAGCCAUGGAUGAUCACCAAGAAGACCUGAGAAUGUACUUGUUGCUGUAGUGUAGAGCAAUUUUGAUCUUUUUCACUACUUUUUCUACUGCAACAUUUAGAAUAAGCAAAUCAUAUAGAAUAAAAAUAUAAAUAUGAAAAUAAUUUUAAUAUAUUUUAAAA